GGCUUCAAGAUGGGCUUCGCUCCAGUUCCAACAGCCGCAGCGGGAGCCGGGAGCGACGGGAGGAGCAGACGGACACCUCAGAUGGGGAAUCCGUGACCCAUCACAUCCGCAGGCUCAACCAGCAGCCUUCCCAGGGGCUGGGGCCGAGAGGCUACGAUCCCAACCGAUACCGGCUGCAUUUCGAACGGGACAGCCGAGAGGAAGUGGAGAGGAGAAAGAGAGCCGCCAGAGAGCAAGUGCUACAGCCUGUCAGUACUGAAAUGCUGGAGCUGGAUAUCCGGGAAGUCUAUCAGCCUGGUUCAGUCCUGGACUUUCCCCGACGUCCUCCUUGGAGCUAUGAGAUGUCCAAGGAGCAGCUAAUGAGCCAAGAGGAGCGGAGCUUCCAGGAAUACCUUGGGAAGAUACAUGGGGCAUACACUUCAGAGAAACUCAGCUACUUUGAGCACAACUUGGAGACAUGGAGGCAGCUAUGGCGGGUGUUAGAAAUGUCCGACAUCGUCCUGCUGAUCACUGACAUCCGACAUCCGGUUGUGAACUUCCCUCCAGCACUUUAUGAGUAUGUAACUGGAGAGCUUGGGCUAGCCCUGGUGCUGGUCUUGAACAAGGUGGAUCUGGCUCCACCGGCCCUUGUGGUGGCCUGGAAGCAUUACUUUCACCAGCACUACCCUCAGCUCCACAUUGUCCUGUUCACCUCUUUCCCUCGGGACUCGAGAACGCCACAGGAGCCUGGUGGUGUCUUGAAGAAGAAUCGAAGGCGGGGGAGAGGAUGGACUCAGGCGCUGGGGCCAGAGCAGUUGCUAAGAGCCUGCGAAGCCAUCACUGCGGGGAAAGUGGACUUGAGCAGCUGGCGUGAGAAGAUUGCUAGGGACAUGGCCGGGGCCUCCUGGGGUAACGGCUCUGGCGAGGAGGAGGAAGAAGAAGAUGGGCCAGUGGUCUUGGUAGAGCAGCAGACUGACUCAGCGAUGGAGCCCACAGGCCCCUCCAGGGAGCGCUACAAGGAUGGAGUGGUGACCAUCGGCUGUGUGGGUUUCCCCAAUGUGGGGAAGUCCUCGCUGAUCAACGGGCUGGUGGGGCGGAAGGUGGUGAGUGUCUCCAGAACGCCAGGCCACACCCGGUACUUCCAGACUUACUUUCUCACCCCUUCAGUGAAGCUCUGCGACUGUCCGGGCCUUAUCUUCCCGUCUCUGCUGCCCAGGCAGCUGCAGGUUCUGGCUGGAAUCUACCCCAUCUCUCAGAUCCAGGAGCCCUACACUGCUGUGGGGUACCUGGCCUCCCGAAUCCCCGUGCAGGCUCUGCUGCACCUGCGCCACCCAGAGGCGGAGGACCCUUCAGCGGAGCACCCCUGGUGUGCCUGGGACAUCUGCGAAGCGUGGGCAGAGAAACGAGGUUAUAAAACAGCCAAGGCAGCUCGCAAUGAUGUGUACAGAGCAGCCAACAGCCUUCUGCGGCUGGCUGUGGAUGGCCGUCUCAGCCUGUGCUUCCACCCACCUGGUUACAGUGAACAGAGAGGUACCUGGGAGACUCAUGCGGAGACGACUGAGCUGGUGGUGUUGCAGGGUAGGGUGGGGCCAGCAGGAGAUGAGGAGGAGGAGGAAGAGGAGGAAGAGCUGAGCAGCUCCUGUGAGGAGGAAGGAGAGGAAGACCGGGAUGCUGAUGAAGAAGGAGAAGGCGAUGAGGACACCCCAACCUCAGGCCCUGGGUCCUGCCUAGCUGCCCGCAACCCAUACGCCCUGCUGGGCGAGGGCGAGUGCUGAGCCCCCCUUCCUGUCUCCAUUGUCCUCGGUAGCUUUGCUUUUGGACUGAGCUGGAGGUCUUCCCCAUGGCCACCCUGAUUGUGAAUAAAGAUGGUCUGCUUUGUA